CUUUUAUUUACUGUUUUAUGUCCUACCUACGAAUCCGUUAUUUGGCAUUCUGAAAAACAAUGAAGCGACCCAGGCUUUGCUCUAGGUAACGACUUUCUACUCCUACCACAUAGAAAACAAUGAAAGUAAAGAUCAAAAGAUACCAUGCAGUUGCUAAUUGGACCUGGAAGACACCUAAAGAUGAUGUUUGUGGAAUUUGUCGAGUCCCUUUUGAUGGGUGCUGCCCUCAGUGCUUAACGCCCGGUGAUGACUGUCCCAUAGUAUGGGGAAAGUGUACACACAUCUUUCAUGCUCAUUGCAUCGAAAAUUGGUUGUCAACAACAGGUUCUCAAGGGCAAUGCCCAAUGGAUAGACAGACUUUUGUUGUUGCUGAAUCCAGUAUCACACCUUAGACACCUGCACCUAAAUUAUUGAUUAUCGUUAAAAAUCUUUCAUUUCAAAGUUGCUCUCGUUGACAACAACAUGGCUGGCUAUAAUAUUUAUUAACCUGGGUUUUACUUUGUUUAUGAAAAUUAUCUCUACUAAAUGAUGAAUGUUACGGAACCUAGUUUAUGAUGACUAUACAUACUUUUAUGACAAUUCUUUUUUUUUUUUUUUUUUACCAAAUUAGACAAAACAUUUUAUUCAUUCAAUCAUAUAUAAUGGAGACAUUCAAAAGAUAAUAAUCAUUCACGUUCAUAACGAA